AUGAACAAAUUCUUCGUCCUUGCCGUUGCCGCCCUGGCUGUGUCCUGCGUCCAGGCCGACUCCUUCGAUGCCCGUGCCGAGACUCGCGAGUACAAGAGCGACCUGAAGGAGGAUGGCAGCUAUGCGUAUCAGUACCAGACGUCCAAUGGCAUCGCUGGCCAGGAAUCGGGCGUGGGCGGUUACUAUGCCAGUGGCUCGAACGCCUACUACGCGCCCGAUGGUCAGCUCAUCCAGUUGACCUACACCGCCGACGGCAAUGGAUACCACCCAGCCGGCGCCCAUCUGCCCACCCCGCCCCCAAUCCCAGCGGCCAUCCUGAAGUCACUGGAGUACAUCCGCACCCAUCCCCAGCAGGAGAGUCGCCAGGGUCAAGGACGAUUCUAG